AUGGUGCACUUCAAGCUUAGUGAUUUGAGUGAAAAAUUACUGGGCGUAAAGCUAGACAAGUCUGAACAGUGCAGCAAUUGGGCAAUUCGCCCUUUGCGGGCGAAUCAGAAACGCUACGCGGCGAUGGAUGCUUACAUAGUUGUGGAACUGUUUUCAAAACUGAAGGCAUCGGCCGAUAGUUCAAAGGUCCAGCGUGACUGCAAAAAAGAAGGAAAGAACAAAGUCAAGAAAGAGCGAAUGAAGAUUGAUGACAUGUCUUGGUCAGAAAUUUUGCGAGAAUUAGGAAGAUGUGUUGACGGCACGCGACAAGCAACCGAAUUGCAGUGUAUCGUAGAUUCUAUGCUGUUUGGGCUUGGUAAACACAUGAGACGAUGCGGUGUAAAUGUGCUAAUUCCCGAGAAUAGGCAUGAACUGAAAUGCAGGGCUAGCGGCAGCGAAAGGAUCAUUUUGACCAGCGGGAAAGCUUUUGACGAGUUGAAGCAAUUGUUCCCCUCUCGAGUGCUGUGCAUUCCAAAUGUUUGCUCCCUGAAUCCUAUUGAGCAACUGAAAUAUGUUUUUACUAGGUACAAAGUAUCACUGGUCAACUUUUGGACGUGUUCUUUCAGUUGGGAUGGUCCGAAAGGCUCCGUUCCAUCGAUCCACGGGAGUACUCUGGUGUCGGUUGUCGUUAUAUUGUGCAUAUAUGACAUGGUUGUGGAAUGCCACGGAGGGACUGUGGACAUAAUAGCAAACAUUGUGACUCAUGAUCAUCUCGAAGAGGGCGUUGAUGUCAUCGUGCGA